CCUCCCUGCCUUCCUCCCCCCCUCCCCUGGCUGGUCUGGGGCUGCACAUUCCUCCCACCGCAGGGCUUGGCUCUCAGGCCUCCAGCCCACAUGCCUGCUUAAAGCCGCCCUCGUCUCCUGCCCCCCCGUCAGUCCUUGCCGGAGCCCAGCCUUAGCCAGGACCUGUGGGGCCCCCCUGAUCAGAGGGAGUGCAGGACCAUGUCUGACGCGGAGGAGGUGGUGGAGGAGUACGAGGAGGAGCAGGAAGACGAAGACUGGCAAGAAGACCAUGAUGAGCAGGAGGAGGCAGUGGACGAGGAGGUGGAUGGUGGGGCCGAGGCUGAGGAGGCUGAGGAGGAGGCAGAGGAGCCCAAGGCAGAAGAGGACGGACCUGAGGACGACGCCAGGGAGGCCGAAGAUGGUCCCUCGGAGGAGUCCAAACCCAAGCCCAGGCUGUUCAUGCCCAACUUGAUACCGCCCAAGAUCCCUGAUGGAGAGCGGGUGGACUUCGAUGACAUCCACCGGAAGCGCAUGGAGAAGGACCUGAACGAGCUGCAGACGCUGAUCGACGCUCAUUUUGAGAACAGGAAGAAGGAGGAGGAGGAGCUCAUUUCUCUCAAGGACAGAAUCGAGAAGCGACGGGCUGAGCGCGCGGAGCAGCAGCGCAUCCGCAGCGAGCGUGAGAAAGAGCGGCAGAACCGCCUGGCCGAAGAGAGGGCCAGGCGAGAGGAGGAGGAGAACAGGAGGAAGGCCGAGGAUGAGGCCCGGAAGAAGAAGGCUUUGUCUAACAUGAUGCACUUUGGAGGAUACAUCCAGAAGCAAGCCCAGACGGAACGGAAGAGUGGGAAGAGGCAGACUGAGCGGGAGAAGAAGAAGAAGAUUCUGGCCGAGAGGAGAAAGGUGCUGGCUAUCGACCACCUGAAUGAAGACCAGCUGAGGGAGAAGGCCAAGGAACUGUGGCAGAGCAUCUACAACCUGGAGGCGGAGAAGUUUGACCUGCAGGAGAAGUUCAAGCAGCAGAAAUACGAAAUCAACGUUCUCCGAAACAGGAUCAAUGACAACCAGAAAGUCUCCAAGACCCGCGGGAAGGCCAAAGUCACUGGGCGCUGGAAGUAGAUGCUGCUGAGCGCCCCCCCCCCCCGCCCUCAGCAAAGCUCUGCUGCUGGCUCCUAUUCCUACCCCACACCCCCAAACUCUGGGGCUCCCCUAGACAGAUUCUUGCCUAGAAACGGAGAGCUAGCCCAGCUGGAAGCCAGCCCACUUGCCUGUCCCCUCGCUCCCACGAUACCAGGAAUAAAAGGC